UUAUUCAAUUUAUACGGGAGUAUCAAAAACCAUAGAGUUAAACAGUCAACGCAUGCUUACGCGACAUAUAUCAAUCAAAAAAAUGUACAGCCCGCCCGAUCAGUGUUGUUCUACGCGCGGAAUUACUAUUUGGAUCGCUCUGUAUGCACCAUGUACUGACAAUAUUUAGAUAACAAAAAGUAAAAAUGAAAUCAACCGGUUAUAUUAACCGUAUGGUGCACUUUAUUACAUCGUUGACGUAUAUUUAAGAGUAAAAUAGUAGUAAUUGAUAACUAGGCAACUAUAAUCUAUUCAUAUUAUUUUUCAAUUGUAUUCUUAAAACACUAAUGAAAGAACAAAUACUAGGAAUAAUUUAACUACUAAUUGGAACUCUUUACAGUGUAAAAGCAAAUAAGUCAUUAUUAAAACGUAACUCAUUGGUUAGAGUUAACAAUAAUCUGUAGGAAACUAUCCAGUACAAACGCAGUAGUACAUAAAAAUGGCAUCUAUUUUAAAGUGGUACAGAAAUUAUAGUCAAACCUAUCCGAUAAGGAUCAAUCUUGUUCAAACAGGAUUUUUAUUCGGUCUUGGUGAUCUAAUGGCUCAAGGUAUAGUUGAAAAGCGCAAACCUAAUGAAAUUGAUUGGUUACGUACAGUUCGUUAUGCGUCUAUCGGGUGUGCGGUUGGGCCAUCACUAAGUAUGUGGUACAGAACAUUGGAUCGAUUUGGAACUCGUAACACAGUACCAAUAGUUGCUAAAAAAAUUUUGGUUGACCAAUUGAUUGCAUCGCCAAUUGUUAAUGGAGCUGUAAUGAUUAUGAGUAGAGUGUUUAGUGGUGAUGAAUGGCCACAAAUACAAAAGAAACUAGAGAGUAAUUAUACCACUGUGAUGCUUAAUAGUUAUUUGAUCUGGCCAGCUGUACAAACAUUUAAUUUUACUAUUGUUCCACAACAGUACAGGGUCUUAACAGUGCAAAUAGUAUCAUUAGCUUGGAAUACAUACCUUUCAUUUAUGAGUGUUGGUGGUGGAACAUCAAAAUAAUUAGAAAAAAGUUACAAUUAUGAGGACAUUUGUAUUAAGAAUUAUUUUUGAAAUUAUAGUUACUGUAUAAAUCUGAUAUAUCAUUUGUUAUUUGAAUGUGAUUUUCAUUAUAAUUAUCAUAGUUAAUAAAUAA